AUGUUAUCACAAUAUUCAAUUCGAGUAUAAACAAUAAUGUAAUAAAAAAAAAAUGGGCCAAGAUUUGUUAUCCAAUGCAGCUGAAAUUUUAAAAGAUCGCCUAUACUUUGCACCCAUAAAACCAAGAUUUACAAAUAAUAAAAUUCAUUUAUUUUCAAUUGAUAAUGAAUUAAUUUAUGAGAGUUUUAAUAACGAUUUUGGUCCCUUGAAUCUUGCACAAUUGUACAAAUAUUGUCAUAUCGUAAAAGAAAAAUUAAAAAGAUCCAAAAUAAUUAUACAUUAUACAAAUUCAUCAUUAGAAAAGUUAGACAAUGCUGCAUACCUUGCUGGAUCUUAUUCUAUUAUAUAUUUGAAUAAGACAGCAAAUGAAGCAUUUUCAAUAUUUAACAAUUUAGAUGUUCAAUUUAUACCAUUCAGAGAUGCAUCUCUGAUGCCUACACAAUUUACAUUAACCCUAAAAAAUGUUUUUGAAGGAGUUCAAAAAGCUCUGUCACUAGGUUUUCUCAAUUUUCAUGAUUUUGAUAUUAAUGCCUAUGAAUAUUAUGAAAAGGUAGAAAAUGGAGAUAUGAAUUGGAUUAUUCCUGGCAGAAUAUUAGCAUUUUGUGGACCUGAAUCCUUGCCAUCAAAUUUUAUUAAAACUACCUUUUUUUCUUCUAAGAAUUUAAAAGACACAUUACGAAUUUGUUGUACAGGGUUCUAUGUCCAACUCCUCACUCAUUUGGAAACACCAAACCCAGGUGCCCAAAACAUAAAUUGCAAUCAUCAUCCUCCAAGUUUUUUUAUCCCGUACUUCAAUUCCCAUGGCGUCAGACUUGUUGUUAGACUAAAUGAACCAGACAAGUACGAUGCUAAUGAUUUUGUGUCUAAUGGGAUACUGCAUAAAGAUCUCUACUUCCCCGAUGGUGCAAUUCCAUCUGAAUCAAUUAUCAAACGUUUUUUACAUUUAUGUCGUUUAAAUGACGAAAAUCAGCUUAAUUUAGAUCAAUCCAUAAGUAAAUCACUAACACAAACAACAAAUAAUUUUAGAAGUGGGGGAGCCAUUGCCGUACAUUGUAAAGCUGGUCUAGGAAGAACUGGUACAUUAAUCGCAUGUUAUUUAAUGAGCCGAUUUAAAUUCACUGCAGCUGAAGCAAUCAGUUGGAUUCGCAUAUGUCGUCCUGGCUCUAUACUCGGCCAUCAACAAAAUUUUUUAGAGAGAAUGCAAUCCUUCCUCUGGAGUUACUACGAAAAAAACGUCAAUAAAAACCAGGAUGAUGGCUCAGCAAAAACACCUUUAUCUCCAUCUCCCCUCUCUCCUUCGGCUCAUAGUCAUCCCAAAUCUUAUUUUUAUUCUCCACUUAAAUGCUUUAAACAUGAAAAAAGUCAAUCUUCUUCUAGGGAGUAUACAGAUGAAAAUAAUCAUAAUAACCAUCUUUGUGGCGUUCACAUAUCCACGUCAAGUGGGAUCAAAUCAAAAAGUGCUUCUGUUAGCCCUGUUGUUUUGCGUAAUUUGUCGCGUAAAAUCAACCUUUUUAAAUUUGACGGCCCUGAAAAAGGAAAUCCCACUCCGUUAAGCUCGACUUCCGAUGCUAUUUUAUAUAACCAUGAUAUGGAUGAAUAUAUAGAACCUAAAUAUGCUGUUUAUUCCCAUAAUCAAAAUAAAAAAAUGGAUCAAAAGCUAAACACUUCUCAUUCGUCUAGCAAUCAAUUACAAAAUUUAGAAAUUGAUAGCAGUGAUAUUAAUAAAAAUUACAAGAGAAAUAAUAUUUUUAUAAAUGGAGGCCAAUUAAUGAAUGUUAUUAAGCAUAGAAGGGCAAACAAUGCUCACUAUGAUUUCAGACCAUCUGUUAAUAGAUAUUCUUUAACUUGACCAUUCAUUUUCCUGAAAAUAUGAAACAAAAACGCCAGUGGUUAAACUUUAUCUCGCUCCUCAACUUUUUGACUAACAAUGCACAAGUUAUCUUUAGAAGAUCUUACUAAUACUCUCAAAAUACUUAUAUAUGAUUUUAUUGCAAUAUUUAUAUUUAUGCAAAUUUUUAAAAAAAAUAUUUUUAUAUUAGAGCGAUUAGUAAAUUAAUUUAUUGAAAAUUAUAUAUUUAUAUUAGAAAAUUAUAGCUGCAAUAUUUUCA